AUGGAACCAAUGAAGGCACACAUUGCGCCGUUGAAAAUCGAAAAGGAACACUCAAACUUCCACACAAACCGCUACUAUUCCUCCCAACAACAGUCUGAAAUGACUCCUCCUUUAACACCUUAUACGACCACCGCCACGUCUCAAGACGACACCAUGGAUCGAACGGAAACUCCGAGAGCCGUUUUCCACAACUAUCUUCGCGCAUUCUAUCCUUUUCAUCCCACUGGGGACGUGUCCCCUUCCACCGUCACGCUGCCCUUGGAUCAGGGCGACAUCAUUUUGGUGCAUUCAGUUCAUACCAACGGAUGGGCAGAUGGCACGCUACUAGAUACAGGCGCCCGCGGCUGGCUACCGACCAACUACUGCGAAGCUUACGACCAACUACCGAUGCGCCCGCUCCUGAAGGCAUUGACCGACCUCUGGGACAUUAUCCAAGGCGGAUGUGACUUCCCUCUGAGGGACUUCUGCAAUCAGGACAAUGUGAAAGGCUUGAUUGCGGGUGUCCGGUUCCUCCUUGAAAAAUCGGAAUGUCUGACCCGCGAUUCGAUUCUGAUUAGGGGCCAUGAUGGGUUGCGCAGGAACCGUAAAGCGUUGCUCGCAGACCUGUCUUCCCUCGUUAGAACCACCAAAAAGUGCCAAGAAAUGUCCAACGGGAAUGCCACGGAGGACGAGGUGUACAUGAUGGAUGAAAUGCUUCUCAAGGCCUUCCGAAUCGUGACUCGAGGGGUGCGAUUCCUUGACGUCUGGAACGAGGAAGUGGGCUUGAGCCGUACAAUUGCCGAAUUGGAGCAGCAUUCGACCCAUUUCGACCUGCCGCCUACACCCGCAUCUGACACAUUCGACACGGCUGCCUCGGAAGCUGACACCGAACGAAACGAGUCCAGACUCUUGAACCGGAGCCGAUUGGACAUGAGCCGUGCAUCCAACCGAACGGACACGGUGGACUCCCAGCCGCCUCGCCCCGUAUCGGUCACGACCAAGCGGAUCUCCAUCUCCCAUCGGGUGUCUUACUCCGGUCCCGCUGCCGCAUCCCGGAACCCGAAUCUGGCGUCCGAGCGACUCAACGCCACUUACGACGCGUUUCUCGGGGUGCUCGGCUCGUUCAUUGGCUUGCAUCUACAGUCUCGACCCUCGACAGAGCUGGUCGUGACCACGGAGCAGGCCGUGCGGUCCUGCCGCGGCCUGCUCACGGUCGUCGAAGCGGUCUGUGAACACGACCCGCAGGGCAGCGGACUUCUGGAACAAGCACGGGAUACCAUGUACGAAAGACUGUCCGAGCUUGUCUAUGCGGCACGGGAUGCCUUCCGACCCGCUCACUCCCCGGAGGAUGAGCUGGUCUUUUUGCCCGAUGAGGGCAAGCGGCUGGUCGACGCCGCCACUGACUGUGUCAGAGGAGCCGGGAAUUGCUUGGCCAAAGCUCGCCGGGUGCUUGAGCAGUGCGGUGAUUUCGAACUGGAGCCGAUUCCCACCGACGCGGCGACGACCCCAGAUGCCAACGCCACUCCGCAACCGCAGCGAACUGGCAGCCUCACCGCAGACGAGACUCGCUCCCAGGACCAGUCCCUGCGACUCCCGCCUCCUCCCCUCCAGAUUCCCAUCGGUAACCGCUCCUCUACCUCCACCCCCGGCCUUACCGAUGAUACUACGCCGUCAUCAUUCAACUCUCGCGCAGGAAUGGCUACCCCGGACACUGCCAUUGCCGACCUCUCUUCCAUGCCCUCUACCACCGUUCUAUCCAACAGCCUAGACAAGAUCUCCUUCGCAUCCUCGAUGCAAGAAGCUGCGGAGAAUGCCCCCAAUCGUAACAGCCACCCUAAAUCGGAGGUCAGCGAGUCCUUCGGUCGGGGCGUUACGAGCACCGGCAGCAGUUUCACAUACAACAGCCACCUUCGGGAUUCAGAAAUGAGCGGGGUGUCCCAGACAUCCACUCGGGCCACGUCUCCGGACAUCGGAAACCAUUACCAGGUGCCAUCCCUCAAAGGCAGCGUCAGCCACUCGACUCUCGCGGAGGAGAACGAAGAGACGGAAGCCAACAUCCUUGAGAAGACCUACGCGCAUGAGCUUAUCUUCAAGGAUGGUCAGAUCAUGGGCGGUAGCAUCCGCGCUCUCGUCGAGAAACUCACCGCCCACCAGUCGACCCCGGAUGCCAUGUUCGUAUCGACAUUCUACCUGACAUUCCGUCUCUUUGCCACCCCGCUCGAGUUCGCGGAAACUCUUGUGGAUCGAUUCAACUAUAUCGGCGAUACUUCGCACGCCGCAGGCCCCGUCCGUCUCCGGGUCUACAACGUGUUCAAGGGCUGGUUGGAGGCCCACUGGCGCCAUGAUUGUGACAACACGGCCUUGGAUUAUAUUGUCAACUUCGCCAACACGACGCUAAUGCACAACUUGCCCUCCGCCGGAAAACGCCUGGCGGAGCUGACGGACAAGGUCUCGAAGGUCCAUGGACCCGUUGUACCGCGUCUGAUGUCUUCAAUGGGCAAGACCAACACAGCAACGGCACAUUACGUGCAUCCGGACACGCCCUUGCCGCCCCCCAUACUGACCAAGAAGGAGGCGAACCUGCUCAAACAGUGGAAGAACGGCGAAGCCAAUAUCACGAUCCUGGAUUUCGAUCCCAUGGAACUGGCCCGUCAGUUCACCAUCAAGGAAUCGCGCAUCUUCUGCGCCAUUCUUCCUGAAGAAUUACUGGCGACAGAAUGGAUGAAGAAAUCGGCCUCCUUGGCCGUCAAUGUCCGGGCCAUGUCUACUCUGUCAACGGACCUGGCGCACCUGGUUGCCGAUUCGAUUCUUCAAUUGGAGGAGCCGAAGAAACGCGCGGUCAUUAUCAAGCACUGGGUCAAGAUUGCUAACAAGUGCUUGGAGUUGAAUAACUAUGACUCCCUGAUGGCCAUCAUCUGCUCGCUCAACUCAUCCAUGAUCUCCCGACUCAAGCGGACAUGGGAAGUGGUGUCGCAGAAGACCAAGACGACGCUCGAGUUUCUCCGGGGUAUCGUGGAUGUCUCGCGCAACUAUGCCGUUCUCCGGCAACGGCUCCAGGGCCACGUCCCUCCGUGUCUGCCCUUCGUCGGCACAUACCUGACAGACCUCACGUUUGUCGACCAUGGCAACCAGCCACUACGCAGCCUCCCCACGGACGAUGGCGAUAUGGCCGUGAUCAACUUCGAUAAGCAUAUGAAGACGGCCAAGAUUAUCAGCGAGCUGCAGCGAUUCCAGAUCCCCUACCGCCUAACCGAAGUUCCCGAACUACAGGCAUGGAUGCAGAACGAGCUGAUCCGCGUGCGCUCGAACGGCGAGAAGAGUCUGCAGACGUUCUACCGCCGAUCGUUGGUUCUGGAACCUCGCGAAUCUCACGCAACCCAGCGACCCAACCUGCAGAGCGAGACCAGCUCGUCCUCGUCGAUCUUGGAGAAUGCCAAGGACAAGUUUGAUUUCCUGUCCUGGACUCAUCCCUCCAAAGCCAAGUCGGUAGCGACGAAUGGCUAA